UUCGCGCGAGCAGUAGGCACACUACUACUAUAUACAGACUACUCUGCUGCUGCUAUAUACUCUCGGUACGGAAAAAAGAGAGGGUCUGCGUAUAAGUGCGCGCACACGAGCCUCCGAGCUGACAGCUCUCCGCACUCGAUCGGGCCGCCUGUAUAGUACAGUUUCGUCCGCGACCGCUGUCGGUGUGUGCGGCUUUUUAUGUUGUACUAUACAGCCGUGUGUUAUAAGCUGUCAAGAUCUUUCGCAUUAAUAUAGAUAGUUUUAUUGUAAUAUAUUAUGUUGUAUAUGCGUGCGCGAGUGUGACUUGUUGUGUAUGCCCAUCGUCGUCGUAUAAUAAAAGGCUCUUUUGCAGUUCGAUUCUUCGUGCAUACUGGCUGGCUGUGUGCACAAUCUCGAAGCUCUCUAGUCUGCUGCUACUGCUCGGGUUGCGUGCGCUGUUUUUCCUUGUUUUUUUUUCCUUCCUACCGUUCGUUCGUGUCCGAAGAGAGCCGCGUGCUGUGUUAUACAUAUAGUUAGUCGUAUGCUAAUGUCACUCGGUGGUGGCUGGCCAAUCUUACAGUGCUGAUUUUGACUUGGCCUGCGCCGCUGCAUCGUCUCUUUGUGCAUCGUAAGCUCAUCGUCUCCGAGUAUUAUUUAGCCAACGUCAAGCCUCAUAGACACCUCGACACACGACUCCACCGCAGAUAGAGAAAGAUAAAGAACGAGACUGAGAAGAGAGAGAGAAACUCGAGCAAGCGAAGAGAGCGCGAGGGGGAACCUCGACACGACGAGAAAUUGAUCGAACUUCUAAAAAAGGCCCCCCGGCAAAGGCGAUGAGCAGUUUGUGCAGAGAUACAAGCAGCAGCGGUGGUUCUUCGACAGCAGGCUCCUCAUCGAGAAAAGGCGACGAGGUCGAGUUGGUGAGCCGCUUCUUGGCUCCUCUAUGCGCCCGGGACGAGGCCGCGCGUAACAUUGCCUUGGCAGCGGCACGCAACACCGUAGAAGGCUGGCUCGGAGGCUGCGGCAGCCCCUCCAACACCAACGCCUACGCCAACAACAACUGGGAACAAUUGCUGCUCGGCAGGGACUGCUGCGAGGAUAUCAGUGGAAGCAGCAGCACCGGCAGCAAUAUGCCUCAUAAAUUCGUCUCGCCCCUCAAGACCAUCAACGCCAACUACAGGCUGCAGCUGCAGCGCGACAGCUUCGAUUCCGGCUCGUUUUUCCCGCAGAGUCUGCCGCCCGACAGCCUCAUAGCGCACCAUCGCAAGCCCAGCUUCGACGACAAGUAUCAGGGCGUCGACUGCGUCGAUGGGGGCAGCAGUCGGGAGCGACGCUACUCCGAGAGCAGCCUCGAGAUCGGCAGCGACGAGAAGCAGCAGCGAUCGUCGACCAAGCAGUACAUAAGGAUACGCAACGGCCGCCAGAAACAGUUCAACGAGGACGACGAGCUCGACGACGACACCAGGGCCUACGGCAAGAGUCCGAAAUUCGACGACGGCUUCGCGCUCAGGCAGCAGCAGCUGCUGCAGCGUCACGGCUGCGAGCCGAUCACCGGCGAGGCCGAAAAAGUCGUCUUCAACACUCUCGAUGGCUUUUUGAACGACGACAAGUCGACGCAGAGAGCAGCAGUACCGGAUGACGCGAAAGACGAGGCAUCUUUCGCCGCGAGCCAGGAGAAAAAACUGAGCGUCGGCCAGAUAAAGAGGCCACUUUCACAAGACGACGACGUGCCGUGGAAAAGUGGUCGCGUCGUGAACAGCGCGGAUUACAGUCCGCCCGUCGAGGUUGUCACUCCCGGCGAGGUCGGAAGACUGCUGAAUCUCGGCAAUGCCCUCGACGGACCGAAGCAGUCGCAACCGGCCAAUCUCGCGCUGAUCAGUCUCCACUUGCCGGUCAUACUGAGGCUCAGCGUCAACUGUCCCUUUCAGAACGUCCGAAUCAAGUGCGCGGAAAUUAUUCAGAUGGUCAAGGAACGAGGUCUACCUGUACCAGAACCUGCAUUCGAUGGUCCAAGCUCAUUUGUUCCGGUUUCAGAGCUGCCGGACUUGGAUAAUCUCAACGAUAAGACGCACAUGCUGCUGAUGGACGCGUUCCUGCAGAACAACAGGCUGGAUCACGUGUCGCGAGUCAUGUCGUCGCAUCCGACCUAUCUCGAGCACUUUCUCAGGACGCAGAACUUCAUCACCCGGGGCGACGGACCUCUGCCCUACGAUUACAGACAUCUCAUUGCUAUAAUGGCCGCUGGUAGGCAUCAAUGUAGCUAUCUGAUCAAUCUUCAAAAGACGGAAUUUCUGCACCAAGGCGGCAACGAGAACUGGCUGCAGGGCCUCAGAUCGAUACCCACCAAGCUCCAGGACCUCUACGAAAUCAACAAGAUCCUCGCGCACAGGCCUUGGCUGCUCAACAAAACUCACAUCGAGAAACUGACAAAAGGAGCGGACAACUGGUCGUUAGCCGAGGUCGUGCACGCGAUCGUGCUGCUGGCACAUUUCCACUCGCUGUCGUCGUUCGUCUUCGCCUGCGGCAUCAACGAGGAAUUGGACAACACAAUGGGACAUAACUACAAGGAGAACGUCCAAGCCAACAAGCAGCAGCCGCCACAGCAACCGGAAAGGAUUUUGAUCCACAGUAAUUUCAGCGUCAUCGGCAGUCGCAACAGCAGUCCCAAGCACCAUAUACCGCUGAGCCUCGUCAGUCCCAAGCCGGUCCAGCAACAGCCACAGCAGCCUCAGCAGCCUCAGCAGCCACAGCAGUCCUCGCAACAACAACAACAGCAGCAGGACAAGACCAUGCCGUCGCCACCUGCCUCGCCAAGCAUCGUCGGCGAGCAGGAGGUCGGCGUGGAGACCCUCAUGGAGCGCAUGAAGCGCCUGUCGGAGAAGUCCGAGUCGAGCCAGAUCACCCAGGAGGAGCUGUCGAAACGCUUCGAGACGGUGGAGACGCAGUCGGCCGAGCUCGCCGCGGCGCCCCAGCGCAACGGCUUCCAGCUGCUCGACGCCGAGAUCGGCCAGUUCAUCGAGGACCCCACCUUCAUCUACCAGGACUUCGCCAAGCGCGGUCAGCUCAACGACAUCCCGACCUUCCGCGUGCAGGACUACAGCUGGGACGACCACGGCUACUCCCUGGUGAAUCGGCUCUACAACGACGUCGGCAAUCUGCUCGACGACAAGUUCAAGACGGCCUACAAUCUGACCUACUACACCAUGGGCACGCACAGUCGGGUCGACACGUCGCGCUUCCGCCGGGCGAUCUGGAACUACAUACAGUGCAUGUUCGGCAUCAGGCACGACGACUACGACUACAACGAGGUGAACCAGCUGCUGGAGCGCAGCCUCAAGACCUUCAUCAAGAGCGCCGUCUGCUAUCCCGAGCGAGUGACCAAGCGCGACUACGAUCGCGUCAUGAGGGAGUUCAAGCACAGCGAAAAGGUUCACGUGUGCCUGAUGAUACUGGAGGCGAGGAUGCAAGCCGAGCUGCUGUACGCUCUGAGAGCUGUGAUGCGCUACAUGACAUAACUACGUGCACCCGCAAUCCGUAAAUCGCACCGCCAUUAUAAUUGAGAACGCGAGCUAGAGAGAAUGCGAGCGCGUGCGAAGCAAGCUGAGAAAAAAAAGGGAUACAUCAAAUACAACAGAGGUCACGCUGAAAAAAGAAAGAAACAACAUCAACAUCGUGUGUAAUAUAUAAUAUUAUUCCGUGUACUGGCUUUUAUUUCGAAGGAGAGCGUCUGCUGUUUUGUGGAAAAUUCGUCUGCAGGCCCUGUGUGUGUGCGACGUCUUUUCUCCGUCAUUUGGAUAUAUUCGAUUUUCUGGAGUUUGUAUGUAUAAGUGUGUGCGUGACGAUGACGAUGAGUAUGCGUGAGUGAAUACAGGAGAGCAUGUAGUAGUUUUUUUUCUAAUUUUAAUUCUUCUAACAAAAUGAAUAUUGAGAAAGAGAAAAUUGUGCGUAGGACUUUGUAAAUACUUUAUCAAAUUUCGUUUCGAUCAUUCAAAUUAGGAAUUUCAAAUUUUUUUAUAUUUUAAGAGAAAACAAACAAAAAAGUGAUUUUGAAAAUUUUUAGCACGUAAUUAUAAUACAUUUUUAUUAAAAACAAAAACAAGCUAAGCUAAUUUUCAUGUGAUUUAAAAAAAUUUCGCGUAUAAGAAUGUGAGAGCCAUGUUGAUUGAUGAUCAAUACACAUUGGAUUUCGUUUAUGUUUUUACUAACUUAAAUCGUUUUAAACUGAAUCAAAUUCGUGUAAUAAGUUUAAUUUUUUAAAAUUUCAAAGUGAGAUAAAAAUGCAAAGAAAUUAAAUAUGCGAUGAAAAAAAUUAUUAUUAUUAUCUAUGUUUAAUCAUAAUAAAGACAAGUUGUGAUACUUUGAAUCUUGGACUAAAAUCACGGGUGGAAAAAAUUAAUUAAAACGAACAAACGAACAUAAUACAAGUGAUUUCGGUCGAAGGGAAUUACUUGUCGCGUCGACUUUGAACUUUCGUAGUACAUAUAUAUUUAACGUAUUUACACAUUUAAUAUUAUAAAUAUCCUUCAUCAUUCAAACAAAAUGAUAUGACGUUUCGUAUAAUUGAAAAGUCAAUAAUUGUCAAAGUCUCCUAAUCGAAAAUGAAAUUUCUAUAUAUGGAUGAGAAAGUCUUGAGUUUUGAAAGUUAUUCUCUAUGAAAUUAAUUAAUUUGAAGUUCAAUAAAUUUUUAUUCUUGAAUUAUUUUUAUGAAGAUUAGAUACUUUUUUAUC